AUGGGUCGGGGGAACAAGGGCAAGAGAUUGAAAAGGGAAAAAGAAGGCUUUCUGUUUGAUGACAGAUCUGCAGAUGGGGCCCCAGCCUGGGUCGUGGCUGGCUGUGUGAUCCUUAAAUCACACUUCGCAGUUUCCCUGCAGACAGUGAAGUUAUACCUGCAGGUUUAUAGCUAUACACAUGGGCCCCAUCCUGAUAUUUUAAUGUACAACUGCUGGAUCCAAGACUGGAAUCCAGGUUUCCGGUCUCCUUGUCCUGCUGUAGUCCUUGGCCCUAGUGACCCUCUUCCUUCUCUUUUUCCAGAUAAGCUGUUUGGGAAACGGUUGCUACAAGCAGGCCGAUAUAUCAUGUCCCACAAAUCAUGGAUGAAGACGGUGCCCACGGAGAACUGUGAUGUCCUCAUGACCUUCCCAGACACGACUGACGACCACACCCUACUGUGGCUUCUGAAUCACAUCCGUGUGGGCAUCCCUGAGCUCAUAGUGCAAGUUCGGCACCAUCGGCACACAAGGACCUACGGCUUCUUUCUCACCGCCACCUAUGAGAGCCUGCUCCGCGGGGCUGACGAGCUGGGGUUGCGGAAGGCCGUGAAGGCCGAGUUCGGCGGCGGCACUCGGGGCUUCUCUUGCGAGGAGGACUUCAUCUACGAGAAUGUGGAGAGUGAGCUCCGCUUCUUCACCUCCCAGGAGCGGCAGAGCAUCAUCCGCUUUUGGCUGGAGAACCUGCGGGCCAAGGCCGGGGAGGCGCUGCACAACGUGCGCUUCUUGGAGGACCAGCCCAUCAGUGUGCCCCAGCGGGCGGGGCGGGGCGCCUGCCCAGAAAACGAUUGGCCGGAGUCACGAAGGGCGUUAAAGGGGGGUGAGCCCAAUGACUGGAGAGGCCUACGGUUGAAAGUCACCCUAGUGAACUGGGGUGGGCUUCCCUCCACGGGGUGCUCUCCUUCUCCGCCCCACUUUUCCCCUGGCCCUGGCCCCUUCCAACGCUGCCUCGUUCUCCCCCAGAUGUUAGCCACCCUGCUUAUCACCCGUCAGUUCCUGCAGAACAUCCGGGAGGUUCUCCAGCCGCACCUGUACCGACGGCUGACCAGUGGGGACCUGAGUGCCCGCACCCUCUGGGAAUUCUCCAAGACUUUCCUGCAGCUGCUUACUCACAGGCCUCCCGCCCCAGAGGCCCGGCCCCGAGAGCCGCUGGCAGGACCCCCUGAGCCCAGGGCCCAGGAGGCCGGUGGCGGUGGGGGCCGGAAGUGCCUCAAUGGGGGCUGCGGGGUCCCUGAGGAGGAGGAGGAGGAGAGGCGGAGGCGGGCUGGGGAGGGAGGGGAAGAGGCAGGAGGCGGGGGUGGGGGGGAGGAGGAGGACGAGGAGGAAGAGGAGGAGGACGAGGAGGAAGAGGAGGAGGAAGAAAGCCUUCUGGACUGUGGUCUAAAGCUAAGAAAGGUGAGCUUUGCCGAGCGGGCUGAGCGGCAGCGGCGGGCAGGCCCCACAGGUCCCGAGAACUUCCUGGAAGAGGGUAGCCCGACCAUGGUGGACAAAGGCCUGGACCCAGCAGCUGUGUUUGCCUUGUGUGAGGAUGAAGAGGAUGCUGAGGAGCCUUCAGACAGCCCUGGCAGGGAGCCCCUAGGAGCCCCCGGGGGCCUGCGUGGGGAACGACCCGGGGGGGAGGGCCGAGAUCAGGGGACUGGUGAGGAGGAGGCCGAGGCCUCCGGCCCUGGGGAGGACAAGCGGAAGAAGGCCAACCGCACGUCCUGGAUUGACCCUCCUGAGGAAGACUACUCCCCCCAGCUGACCCAGGCCGAGCUGGAGAGCUGCAUGAAAAAAUAUGAGGACCCCUUCCAGGACUACCAGGAGAUGUUUGUCCAGUUUGGCUACGUGGUGCUCUUCUCCUCAGCCUUCCCCCUGGCUGCCCUCUGUGCCCUGGUCAACAACCUCAUCGAGAUCCGUAGCGAUGCCUUCAAGCUGUGCACAGGCCUCCAGCGGCCUUUUGGGCAGCGUGUCGAUAGCAUCGGCCAGUGGCAGAAGGUGAUGGAGGCCAUGGGCAUCCUGGCCAUUGUGGUGAACUGUUACCUGAUUGGUCAAUGCGGCCAACUCCAACGCCUCUUCCCAUGGCUGAGCCCUGAGGCUGCCAUCAUUUCCGUAGUAGUGCUAGAGCACUUUGCCCUGUUUCUGAAGUACCUCAUCCAGGCGGCCAUCCCGGACAUCCCUGCCUGGGUAGCUGAGGAGAUGGCCAAGCUGGAACACCAGCGGCGAGAGGCCUUCAAGAAACACGAGCGCCAGGCUCAGCACCAUUACCAGCAGCAGCAGCGGCGAAGGCGGGAGGAGGAAGAGCGGCAAAGACACGCGGAGCACCAUGCCCGACGGGAACGUGAGGCUGGGCGUGAGGAAGGCCGGGCUGAGGGCAGUGGUCCAGAUCUUGCCCCCGAGAAGGCACCGGCCAAGGCCAAGGGUGGGCCCGGCCCAGAUCGGCCCAAACGGCCAGGCUCCCUGCUCGCCCCCAACAAUGUCAUGAAACUCAAGCACAUGAUCCCCCUCCAGGGGAAGUUUCUGUCCUCAUCCUCUUCGUCGUCAUCCUCUGCAGGGGGUGCUGGCCCAGCCACACGCCAGCCUCAGGCACCCUCACCCACAGGAGACACCCGCCUGCCUGCCUUCCUCAGCUUUAAGUUCCUUAAGUCACCGGAGGCCAAGCGAGACCAAGAGCGCAGCCACUCGCCUCCCAAGCCCUUCCACGCGGGCAAGCUCUUCCCCUUUGGGGGCCGGGCAGAGUCCACCCCUGCAUCUAACGGGGCAGGCGGGGGGCAGGUGCGACCUGACAGCGCUCCCAGCAAGGCCCAGCGCCCUGGGCUGGCAGAUGAGGCCGGCGGGGAAGAGCCAGACGCUCGUGCAGAGGACGAAGGCUCAGGGACAGCGCAGCCAGCUUCUGGCGUCCCCUCCCGUGCCCACCGCCGGAGCCCUGCACCACCACGCCGCUCCUGCCCACCGUCGCCCAAUACACCCCCGCCCACAGGCUGCUGGCAAUGGGAGGGCCCCUGGAGUUGUGGGGGGGAGGGGGGAGCCACCAGAGGGGAGGGCUAUGGACCAGAGUGCCCACCCUGUGCCCGGGCCCCAGGGAGCCCUGCCUGGGUCCCUGCCCCACUCCCUGUACCCCCUGCUCAGGGUGAGGACAGCUUCUCCAGCCCCCCACUCCCAGGGCCCUACCCUCUGCCCCCAGCUGACAGCCCCAGCCCUAGCCCCAGUCCCCAAGCCAUCUGCUGGCCAGCUGGGUGGCACUAGCCAGCCCCACCUCUUCCCACUGUCUCCUCCACUCCUGACGCCCUGGGCUUUCCUUCAUUCACAUAUGCAAUAUGAGUUAUUAAUGCAAGGAGCUGAGGCUGAGCAUGACUGAUGAGAGAUGGGCAGCCUGGCCUUUAGGCCAGGGAGGGAGAGGGGUGGAUUAGGAGGGUCUGCUUUGGCGCACGCCAGCCUGGCCUGUCCUGGCCUGUCCCAGGGGCCGGGGGUGGGGGGGUUAGGAUCCACCAGGCCCCAUCUGUUUGCUCCCCAACUACUCCCUAGGGCUCUGAUGGUUGUCCUCUGUUCAGAGGUGAAGAGGAAAAGGCAAGUUUUCUGCUGUCUUCUUUCUUUCAAUCCAGAAGGAAAUACCUAACGGGGAUUAUUUUGAUUUCUUCUUAAUUUAUUUUGUCAUAUUUUUGUAAACUUUGCAGAAAUGCAAUAAAAUAUAUUUCAACAAACCUGUGUGGUG